UUCAUGUACUUUGACACCGGCAGAUAUCCACACAGUGCAGCCUCGCUGCUCCUAUUCUUUACCGCCAGCUUCCUCCCUUCCGACAUCAGCUGCCUCUUUCCACCUCGUUUUGUCGGAAGAGAGACCCCGUCGGAUGCCCGUGGAAGCCGGGGUUGCCUCCUCCACAACCAGGGAACUGCUUCGGUGAAUCGUUCCAGAGGGACCUGAAGAAGUCGGCGAGGCACUAACGCCGCCAUCAUGGUGUAGCGCAUUGGGGAUUAGCUGGCUGGUAGCUGGAGACCACCCCCCCCGGACCUUGUGAAACCUCGCCUCAUCCGCCGUCCCUGCAAAGAUGCCAGUGCUAACGUGGGAACUGCGUGGAUUCUGGUGACAGGGCACGAGUGGACCGUCGAGCAGCCCGCCGGGGUCGUUGGGCGUGCAGGCGCAUCAGGGGGCAAGUUCAGGCGGGCGGGGUGACACCAUGCGGCCCUGGGCGGGCUCAUGGCGUUGGAUCACCCUGGUGCUCUUAGCCUGGGGGACGCUCCUCUUUUACAUCGGUGGCCAUUUGGUGAGGGACAGCGACCACCCGGAACGCUCCAGCCGGGAGCUGUCCAAGAUCCUGGUCAAGCUGGAGAGGCUCAAGCAGCAGAACGAAGACCUGAGGCGCAUGGCCGAGUCGGUCAGGAUACCGGAGGGUCAGGCGGAGGCUGGAUCCCUGUUCGCAGGCAGGCUGCGCUCGCUGGAGGACCAGCUGACCCGGGCCAAGCAGAAGAUCUACACCUUCCAGAAGCUGACAGGAGAUGGCCCCGGCCCCACUCAGGAAGAGCUGCGGAGGAAGGUGGACAACGGUGUCAAGGAGUUUUGGUACUUUGUCCGCAGCGAGGUGAAGAAGCUGGCCAACAUUGAAGCCAACGAGCGGCAGAAAUAUGCUGACACACUCCUAGUUGAUUUGGGACACCAGGAAAGGUCCAUCAUGACGGACUUGUACUACCUCAGCCAGGCGGACGGAGUCGGCGAGUGGCGAGUGAAGGAGGCCAAAGACCUGUCGGACCUGGUCCAGAAUAGAAUCACAUACCUGCAGAACCCCCCGGACUGCAGCAAGGCGAGGAAGCUGGUGUGCAACAUUAAUAAGGGCUGCGGCUACGGCUGCCAGCUCCAUCACGUGGUCUACUGCUUCAUGAUCGCUUAUGGGACCCAGCGCACGCUCAUCCUGGAGUCCCACAACUGGCGCUACGCCCCCAGCGGCUGGGAGAGCGUCUUCCUUCCUGUCAGCAACAGCUGCACCGACCGCUCGGGCGCAACCACUGGACACUGGUCGGGGGAAGCCCAUGAUAAGGAUGUCCAGGUUGUAGAGUUGCCUAUAGUGGACAGCCUUCACCCUCGCCCGCCUUACCUGCCCCUGGCCAUCCCCGAGGACCUGGCCCCGCGCCUGCACCGCCUCCACGGGGACCCCUCCGUGUGGUGGGUCUCCCAGUUCGUCAAGUACCUGGUGCGGCCCCAGGCUUGGCUGGAGAAGGAGAUCCAGCAGACCACCGCCAAGCUUGGCUUCAAACACCCCAUCAUCGGUGUCCACGUGAGGAGGACAGAUAAAGUUGGGACGGAGGCAGCCUUCCACCCCAUUGAGGAGUACAUGCUGCACGUGGAGGAACAGUUCCAGCACCUGGCCAGACGCGCCCCCGUGGAUAAGAAGCGCGUGUACCUGGCCACCGACGACCCCUCUUUGCUGCAGGAAGCCAAGGCCAAGUACCCCGACUACGAGUUCAUCAGCGACAACUCCAUCUCCUGGUCUGCGGGUCUUCACAAUCGCUACACCGAGAACUCGCUGAGAGGAGUCAUCCUGGACAUCCACUUCCUGUCCCAGAGCGACUUCCUGGUCUGCACCUUCUCCUCACAGGUGUGUCGUGUAGCGUACGAGAUCAUGCAGACUCUUCACCCGGACGCCUCGUCCUUCUUCUACUCCCUGGAUGACAUCUACUACUUCGGCGGGCAGAACGCCCACAGCCAGAUCGCCGUGUUCCCUCACCAGCCGCGCAACGGCGAGGACGUCCCCCUGGAGCCCGGCGACCUGAUCGGCGUGGCGGGCAACCACUGGAACGGCUACUCCAAGGGCAUCAACCGCAAACUGGGCCGCACGGGCCUCUACCCGUCCUACAAGGUGAAGGAGAAGAUCGAGACGGUCAAGUACCCCACCUACCCGGAGGCCGACAAACUGCUGGCCUCCCGUCACAAAUGAACGCCCCCGAGUAGGGGGAGAGAGAGAGAGAGACUCCGGUGCCCGAGGAAGGAGGCGGCUUUUGUCCCAAAGGAGGCCUACGCAGUGCGUGCUGCGCCCCGUGGCUGACAGGACUGCACUCGCUCUGUCUGUGUGUGUGUGUGUGUGUGUGUGUGUGUGUGUGUGUGUGUGUGUGUGUGUGUGUGUGUGUGUGUGUGUGUGUGUGUGUGUGUGUGUGUGUGUGCGUGCGCGCGUGCAGGAUGUCACGGAGGACUUGCACCACAACGCCCCUGCCUGAUGCGUUCAGGCGGGCUCUGUAGAUUUCAAAACAAAACAAGAAAACUUUAAAAAAAAAAAAAGAAAAAAUCUUUCCCAGCUCAGAUCGGAUCUUUACUGUAAAAACUUGGAGCGCCACCGCUUUGACAACUGGAAAAAGAGAAAAAGUGUUUUUAUUUAAUUAUUUUAAUGAUUUUAUUUUAUUAUUUUUUUUAAUUCUACAUUUGCCUUUUUUGUUCUUGUUUUGUCGGACUGAAUGUAAAGUUUCCUCAUCUUCUCCCACGUGCAAUUCUGUUCACAUCGUGCUUUUAUCACUUCUCCAUCCUUCUCAAACACUCUUCAUUGGCGCUUGUGUGUGUGUGUGUGUGUGUGUGUGUGUGUGUGUGUGUGUGUGUGUGUGUGUGUGUGUGUGUGUGUGUGUGUGUGUGUGUGUGUGUGUGUGUGUGUGUGUGUGUGUGUUGCUUUCAAGGGGCCAUGUUAGCGACCUGCCUGGUGCCUGCUUCUUUUUUCCCCGACUUGUGUGUGUGUGUGUGUGUGUGUGUGUGUGUGUGUGUGUGUGUGUGUGUGUGUGUGUGUGUGUGUGUGUGUGUGUGUGUGUACAAUGGAGGAGUGCGACAGUCCCUCCCCUGCUGGUGAACAAUGGUCAUAUUAUUAGGGAGGCGUGACUGACGCGCACAAAGGAGCCGUCUCGCCCGGCUCGCCAAAUGAAGCACUCCACUGAUGUCUUCUUCUUCGUACGUCCAUUUUUUUAUUUUUUAUUUUUUUUUACUUUGCUAUUUUAAACUAAACGAGGACAAAAUGUGUUUGAAAAUGAAAAUGCUCCUUCUUCUCAAAACGCAUCGUUUCCUAACUUAUGCUCCUGGGCAUUGUCUUUGAUGACCACACAUCAAAUAAAUUUGACAAACCAAUACCUGUUUAGUUUUUUUU